GAGCGAGCGGAGCCGCCGCCGCCGCCGCCGUAGCCGCCGCUGUCGAGCCCGAGCCGGAGCCGUGUCUGCGCCCGCGUCUGCCCGCCCGCCCGCUUGUCCUCGAGUCCGCCCGUGUCCAGCAGCGGGGCCCAGCAUGGUCAUGGCGGAUGGCCCGAGGCACUUGCAGCGCGGGCCGGUUCGGGUGGGGUUCUACGACAUCGAGGGCACGCUGGGCAAGGGCAACUUCGCCGUGGUGAAGCUGGGGCGCCACCGCAUCACCAAGACCGAGGUGGCAAUAAAAAUCAUAGAUAAAUCUCAGCUGGAUGCAGUGAAUCUAGAGAAAAUCUACAGAGAAGUACAGAUAAUGAAAAUGUUAGAUCACCCUCACAUAAUAAAACUCUACCAGGUGAUGGAGACCAAAAGUAUGCUGUACCUUGUCACUGAAUAUGCCAAAAAUGGAGAGAUUUUUGAUUACCUUGCAAAUCAUGGCCGUUUGAAUGAGUCUGAGGCAAGGCGAAAAUUUUGGCAAAUUCUUUCUGCAGUAGAUUAUUGUCAUAGUCGGAAGAUUGUGCACCGUGACCUCAAGGCUGAAAAUCUGCUGCUAGAUAACAACAUGAACAUCAAAAUAGCAGAUUUUGGCUUUGGAAAUUUCUUUAAGAGUGGUGAACCACUGGCUACAUGGUGUGGCAGCCCUCCUUAUGCAGCCCCAGAAGUUUUUGAAGGACAACAGUAUGAAGGACCACAACUGGACAUUUGGAGUAUGGGAGUAGUUCUUUAUGUCCUUGUCUGUGGAGCUCUGCCUUUUGAUGGACCAACUCUCCCUAUCCUGAGGCAAAGAGUUCUGGAAGGAAGAUUCCGGAUUCCAUAUUUCAUGUCAGAAGAGUGUGAGCAUCUCAUCCGAAGAAUGUUGGUCUUAGAUCCAUCUAAGAGACUGACAAUAGCCCAAAUAAAAGAACACAAGUGGAUGCUGGUGGAAGUUCCUGUACAGAGACCUGUUCUUUAUCCACAAGAGCAGGAAAAUGAGCCAUCUCUUGGGGAGUAUAAUGAGCAAGUCCUGCGGCUAAUGCAUAGCCUUGGAAUAGAUCAGCAGAAAACCAUGGAGUCUUUGCAGAACAAGAGUUAUAACCACUUUGCUGCUAUCUAUUACUUGUUGGUGGAAAGGCUGAAGUCUCACCGCAGCAGCUUCCCUGUGGAGCAGAGAGUUGAUGCCCGCCAGCGUCGGCCCAGCACUGUCGCUGAACAAACAGUUGCCAAGGCACAAACUGUUGGUCCCCCAAUGACCAUACGUUCACAGAACAUGAGACUGUUGAGGUCCCCCAUCCUUCCUCAAACAUCAAAUGUGGAGGCCUUUUCAUUUCCAAAUUCUGGAUGCCAGGCCGAGGCAACAUUUAUGGAGGAAGAACGAGUUGAUACACCAAAGGUGAAUGGUUGUCUGCUGGACCCAGUGCCCCCCAUAAUGAUGAGAAAAGGAUGCCAAUCUCUGCCAAGUAAUAUGAUGGAGACAUCUAUCGAUGAAGGAAUAGAGACAGAAGGGGAGUCGGAGGAAGACCCCAGCCAUACAUUUGAUGCUUUCCAAUCAACACGCUGUGGGCAGCGACGUCACACACUAGCAGAAGUGACCAAUCAGCUAGUCAUGAUGCCCGGAACAGGAAAAGUCUUUUCUGUGAACGACCACCCUUCCUUGGGCAGUGUGGAUUCUGAGUAUGACAUGGGAUCCAUUCAGAGGGAUCUGAACUUUCUAGAGGACAAUCCAUCCCUGAAGGACAUCAUGUUGGCCAAUCAGCCCGCUCAUCGCCUGACCCCUCCUUUCAUAAGCAUACGGCCGGCCAACCCAGCCAUGCAGGUGCUGAGCUCCCAGAAACGAGAGGCCCACAACAGGUCCCCAGUGAGCUUCAGAGAAGGCCGGCGGGCAUCAGAUACCUCUCUAACACAAGGACUUGUAGCAUUUAGACAGCACCUUCAGAACCUGGCUCGAACCAAAGGAAUUCUUGAACUGAACAAAGUCCAGUUGCUUUAUGAACAGAUGGGGUCAGAUGCAGAACCUAGCUUAGCAUCAGCAGCUCCUCAGCUCCAAGAUCUUGUUAGCAGUGCCUCACAGGAGGAAGCCACUCAGCCACAGGAAAACACCUCUGUUUUUUCUAAUAGUGUGCAUCCACAACUGUCUAGACGGCAAAGCCUAGAGACUCAAUACCUGCAACAUAGACUCCAGAAACCUAGUCUCCUGUCCAAAGCACAGAAUACCUGCCAACUUUACUGUAAGGAUCCUCCCCGAAGCCUGGAGCAGCAGCUGCAGGAGCACAGGCUCCAUCAGAAGCGCCUCUUCCUCCAGAAGCAGUCCCAGCUGCAGGCGUACUUUAACCAGAUGCAAAUAGCAGAGAAUUCCUACCCCAGGCCAAACCAGCAGCUGCCACUUCCCCAUCAGGAGCAGCUCUCCAGUCCUCCGCCUCAACCCACCCAGCCGUCCCAGUUCAGCUUGGCCCAGUCGCUGAGCCCAGUCCUGGAGCCUUCCUCCGAGCAGAUGCAAUAUGACCCCUUCCUCAGCCAGUACCAUAAACUGCAGCUACAGCCCUUGCCCUCCUCCCAGGUUCCCAGCUCCCCACCUCCGCUGUCCUCCCCGCUGCAGCAGCAGCCGCCACAGCCGCCAGCAGCGCCUCCCCCCUUAGCAUUCUCUUAUCAGACUCGUGAGCUGGCAGGUGCUGCCCCCCCUGAGCCAGACUAUCCGACCCCCUGUCAGUAUUCCAUGGACCCAGCUCAGCAAAGCAAUGUAGCGCCUCCAGACUCUCCCAGGAGCUCUGGGCCAACGGAGUCCCCCUCCAGCUAUGAUCCGUUAGCACUCUCUGAGCUGCCUGGACUCUUUGAUUGUGAAAUGAUGGAGGCUGUGGACCCCCAGCCCAGUGGCUAUGUCCUUGUGAAUUAGCCCCAGCACGCACAGUGUUCAUGUCAGGAAGCGGGGCAAAGGAAAAGAGUGUGAAUUUUUGUUUUUAUUCCAACCUUGAAAUUCACAGCUUAUUUUCCUGCAUUUCCCCCGGUGGGGAAAUGUCAAGUUGCCCAACUGGAACCAUCGGGGCCUGGCUGAGGCUGGGUGGUUAAGUUCAGCUGGCUUGUCCACAGGAGCUUCAGAGCAGGUACUGAACGUAGUUGUUAGGCUGAAGAUCGUGCCCUUUGGGCAGAUGGAGCGAACUGGAAGGAGUCUCAGCAAACAUUUUUGUGGGAAGAAAGGAAUUCACGACUUCAUUUUAUACCAGGCUAUACCAGUCAGUUAUCAAGGGAAACCUGGCAAAAGCAAGAAUGUGGCAUGGCCUAUUUCCUGGCAAUAAAAGCAAUAUAUUUUUCUCUGAAAUAAAGCAACAAAGUGUUAGGCGCUAAAAGGAAAAUCAAGAAUGCUUGUGGAUUGUGGGUACACAGGUGAUUUUUAAAGAAAGUGGUAUUGUGGCAUUGAAUUGUGGUGUGAUGAGCUUUGUUCUUUGACUAAUAAGUAAUAAUAGUAUUUCACCAAUGUUGGGAGAAGCUAGAGAUGAACCCCAAGGUGGGCAACUCACCUCCCCGUAGCCGGAAGUGGCACAUCUCAGAGGCGGCGACCCCGCAGAGAGGGACCGGGCCUGCCGGGCUCGGGCCUUAAGGACUGCUGUGCUGUCAGAGCCCUGUUCUCCAGAGGCAUCCUCUAUUUCACAGAAAAGAGAAGCACCCGCAACAUCACGAAGGCCAGCCCUGCGCUGCAGGAAGGGCGAUUCUCGCACAGCCCCUUUGGGAGGCUCCUGGGUCUCUUAGAAAGUAAUAGCUGUACUUUAAAUUUACACUCUCCAUCACUAGUGGUUUAUUAAGCUUUGUUUGUCGGACAGCGGUGUGGGGUUUUAGCACACAUUAAGGACAGGCCAAGUUGGCGCAGCCGCCCCGUGGAGCGGUGGCGGCCCCACGCUUUCCAGCUUCUUCCGUGGACAGCAGCGCCCCAUCAUAUCCAUGCUGAAUCCAAAGUCAUGUCGGGGGGGUGUUCCACCAUGUGGGAUACAGAGGCUCACCUCCUCUGCCGCUCUGACUUGCUUAUUGGCUUGAAAUGUUGAACGUAUGACAGCAAUAUUCAAAGAACUCUGGAUGUGGUAACCUUUUCACAGCAGACCAUCUGCCAGUCACUUGACAUUCAUUAGUAGAACUUAACCUCACCUCAGACCUUAGAAUUUAUCAAAAAUGAGUCAAAAGCAGCUGCGAUUGCAAGUUUCCUGUAUACCUAGAAUUAGCCAUUACUCAUGUGGACAGUGUCAUCCAAGUGUUAGAAAUUCAGUAUUAAUUAUGAGGAGUAAUUAGCCCUGUCCUCAGAGUGGCUGCUCCCAAACAGAGCACAUGAGCCCCCCAACACAAAGAUUAGGGAUUCUGCUAUAAUACAUCGAGAGGCCUUUUUUCUUUGUCACAAAGUCCCACAAGAGGAACAAAUAAGGGAUGGAAAUCGAGGAUACCAUUUAGACCGCCCCAGCCUACUUCCCCCUCCACAGUGGUUGGCUCAGUAGGGUCAGCUCAUCUAUCAUCGUGUGCUUAACCUUCUGGGCCAGGUGGACAAAGAUAAGUGGCCCUGACAGAAAAAAGGAUAGAAGCAAUUAGAAUAAUCUUGUCAUAACUAGAAAAAACAACUAGUCUUCAUUUCUCUAGAAAAUGUGUGCAGGGAGGCAGGGUCUUUACACUCAAGGCUUGCAUAUGUCCAUAGAAUUGGCAAAGGUGAUCAGAGGUGCUUCUGGAUAGGACUACCUAGAGGUUGUCACAUUUUAAGAUUCCACAGAACUUAAGCCAGAAGGAAGAAAAAUUUGACGUAAAUAGCAACAGUUGCCUUACAUUGCUUCCUGAUUUGCUAGAUGACAUUCAUUUAUUUUAUUCAUUGUGUUCUAAGAUAUUGAUCUCUAAUUGCUUCAAGUCUGCAAACAGUUGUGGAUCCUAAAUGGCUUGAUAUGUUUAGAUUGAAGGAUGGAUGUGUUUUCAAAGAUGUACUAGUGUUGUUCUCUGGUGUUUAUGAAAUUGAAAUACUUUCCAUUUUGAACAUAGGAACCAUUUCAAAAGCAUAGCAAUUCUGUUGAUUACAGAAUUAUAUCUGUUCUUUCUCCAUAUCCUUUUCACUCUGACUAAAUCUCUCCAGAGGCCAUUUGAGUAGCUGACUGUCCCAAAGAAUCAACAUGGGAUCACAGGGCACUAAAGACACCCAUUCAAUGGAAAAAGAAGUGGAGAAGUUAUUCUGAGAUUUAAAGAUCCGAGAGACAGGGGAGAGACAGUGCAACAUUCAACAAUAUGGGGCCUGAGAGUAUUACCAAAUAACUGAACUUGGCAGCAGAGCCUUUCCUACCUAGCUGGUCUUUGUAAACCAAAUACCAGUGUUUCAGGGAGAGAUCAAUAAAUUCCUAUAACAAUCUGUAUUUACCGAUGUUUCAGCUGAUAAGCAGGGAAGAUUCUUCCUACUGUUGGUUAGCUCUACAUGAUUUAGGUCAUUUGCUCUGUUCCUUAAUCAGUGACCUGUAAACUCCAUAUAGUUUUCUUUAAACAAAUACUAAAAUAACACUAAAAGGACAUAGUACCACUGUAUAUUGAUGCUACUUUGAAAUAGCUGCUUCUGUUUGCAUCUGUUUGACAUUAGCAGAGUGUACACUACUGUAUAGUAAUUUUUAGCUUCAUUAUCUUGUAAUAAGAGAUGCCUCUGAAGAAACUUUGGUGAGAUGUAUAUGGGGUAAAAAUUUCACAUGGAGGAAAGUGCAAUAUGUGUGUGGUACAUUCUUUUAAGUUUUUUUUCUUUUAGAUCUUGGGGAUUAGUCUUUUGCUUUGGGGAAAAAAAUGGCACCACUAUUGAGGUGCAUUUGUCUUUAGUAUUUACUAAAUAUGAUAUGCUAGACCCUGUAAAGCAAUUACAGUGUAUUUCUAAAUAAAGAAAGAGGACAGAUCUACUUUUAAUUCGGUGGUGGCUCAGCUGCACACCAGCAGGCCCAGAGUCGGCGCCCGCUCUGCCCCCUCCUUUCAAGCAUUACUUUCCUGCCAUUUAUGACUUUAAAAGAUGGACAGAGGACAAAAUGGAUGUCUUCCCUGGUAGCCUUCCUUAUCUAAGUAACAGAAAACACUUGGACUAUCACCAAGAGAGAUAUGAUUCAGUAUAAACCAUUUUACACCCAGGACCUCUGCCUCAUACCUUACCCCCAACUUGAUGGGGAUGAAGGAGGAGAGAAAUUGAAACCAUCCCUUUUGGUACCUUUUCCCCCUUGGAAACAAUUGACAGAAUCAAGUAAGUGUUGGAGAGGGAGGAUGCUUUUUAGACUAUACAUCAAAACAUUAUUUAGGGGAUUGAGCGGAUCCAAGGCUACGAUUAAAACAUGGACUUUUUUCCCUUUUAGCUUCAUGAUUAGUAGGUAAUUCCCCUCCUGAAAUCAGUUACUGAGAAAGCAGCCUGGAGCACAACAUGGCUGAUUUGGAACAACCUACUGAAUACUAGUAUUAUAUGGACCCAUCGAUUAGUUAUAAUAAUAUUGGCCUCGGAAGAAAUCACCAUUCAGAAUGAGGUAGUAACCCUCUUUUUUGGUGGUUAAGAACCUGUACUAGAAGUUACCUUUGUACUACUGCAAAUUACCUUAGAAUCAUAAGAUUUUUGGUUUUUGGCACUAAAUAUGGCUCAUCCCUAAAUCUUAAUUUAAUCCCUAAAAUUAAAGAAAAAAUACUUAAUAUUACUUAGAUUCUGGGAUAAAGAUAAUGGUAUAUUAUUCCCAACAUUUCCAGUUUAGUCCUGCUGCAAUUGGUUAAACUCAUUUAUAGAUAGACUCAUUGACACAUCCCUCAGGUAGGUGUAGAAUUAUGGAAAAUAUUAUUUCCUUGAUGCAAUUUUCUUUAGAUGUCAUCAGAGCAUCACAAUCAAACUACCUACAUUUUAGGCUCCUAAUGCUUUCUGCAUGCUGUUCAGAAGUCAUUGUCAAACUCUUCUACUUUAGCUCACUGUUUAAAAUAAGUUCAUGCUCUGAAUAACUUACAUUCCAAACCUGAUGAGUCAUUAACUUUUAAAAAGCAACACUGAUGUAAUUUACCAAUAUUGGUUUUACAAGUCUAGUACAAUUUGGAAAGCUUAGUUCCCAAUUUUAAUCUUUCUUGUUCUCUACUUCUCACUUACUUAUACGUCAGAGGUGGGGAAAGAGAUAAAUAUUAGGAUGGAAUAAUGCUGUCUGCAGAAUUCAUUGCUCCCUCUCUACUUUGGGGACUAUCAUCUCAUUUCAAAAAACUAACUCAGAGGCAGAUAAUAUCUCUUCUGAGACAUUCAGUGAUAUUAAGCAGAUGAUCAUCCAUGAUGAAUGAGUAUAUAGCAUGAUUUUAAAGAGGUGAUUCAUUUAUUUAUUACAUCAUUAAGAUUCCCUGGUUUGGCCUAUGUGAUCCUGUCUGAAGUCAGAGGGGUGGAUUCAACACUUCUCAACCCCUCCCAAUUCUGGAUACCAUGUCUUCACCCUCCUGUAUGUCAUCCCGUAUUCUUGUUCUGCUACAUUUUCUCCUAAGACAACGUUCCUGUAACUUGACUGUCUUUAAAAUUGUCCUGUUAAAGUUUUAGAGAUUUUAACUGAGGAAUUUUAAACUUCAGCUAAAAAAGGUUUCAAACCCACACUUCUUCAGACAAGAUUCCCCACUACUGAUAAGAUGUUUUGGGGAAUAAAAAAAAAAAAUAAAUUGCUUUGAUUGGACUAAAAUGUCACAUCUUUUGCAGAAAAGGAUGUUUUAAAACAGGUAAAAAUACAUGGUAUCAUCUAGAAAAUGGUCCUAAAUAACAGUAUUAAAUUGACUAAAGUCAUUCAAAGGGUUUACCACUAUAUUUAAACAUGGUCUGAUAUCUAGAUAACAUUCAAACUAUAUCUAAAUUGAAUUGAUUUUUCACCUAAUCUAAGGCAGUUUUAGUAGAAACAAUACACAAUUGUUGGCAAAAUAUGAAGUCAUAUGAUGGAAAAGGAAGAAUCCAGCAAGAAUUAUAUGCUACUUUCUCUACUGCAAUAAAAAAUAAAAAAGUUUCUCUUUAUGGAAAAGGACAAAAUAAGCAGCUUUUAUUUCUGAAGGUGAUGAUUGAUUAUUUUUAGAGCUGGUUUGUGAAAUUUUGAUUGAUUAAAUAUUGUCUAAUCAUGAGUUUUCCUUUCUUCAGUUUAGGUUUUUAAAUUUUUUGAUGAGUAUUGAUUUGAGAUCUUGAAAGCAAAUCACAACUCUAAUGUAAAAAAAAAAAAAAUUAAAAUGUAUUCCUCAUCACCACUCAGUGUUAGGAAAUUGUUGAAAAUGCAGUGAUCUUUGUACCAAAAGGUAAUUUAAUGGGGUUAUUUCCUGCAAGGAAAAUGUUUUUUUGUGUAAUCCCUAUUGAAUUAACAGAAAAUAAAGGCAACAGUGUUUUUAUUA